AUGAUCUAUUUAUUUUUAUCACGUUCAAUAGCAUGGCCAUUGAAUAUAUUUGGUGUGAAUUCGAAUGAUAAAAAUCCGUCAAUUUUGGAUGCUGACAGUCAAAGAAAAAAAGAUCCUGAUGUAUCAUCACCAUUAAUUUCAAAUAAAGAUCUUGUUGUAAAUGCAAAUUUAUCAGAAAAUAUGGAUCAUACGAAAUCUUUGAUUGAUAAAGAUAAAGUAUCAACAUUUCCACCACAGAAAGUGUUAUCUGUAUUAGGAAAACAUUAUUUAACAAGAGAAGAUUUAGAAGCUUUGAUACAAGCUCGAUUUCAACAAGAAACUCCACGCGAUCGUGUAGUACGAUUUCUAUGGAAAAAUGAACUAUCUCAAUAUCCGAUCUAUGCAAGAAUAAAAGAUUGGCAAUGUGCUGGUAUUGCUCUGGGUAUUGGUUGUCUAUUUGGAUUUAGUCGAAAAGAAGAAAUGAAACCUGUUUAUAUUCGACAAACGUCCAUGUUAAAAUUUCAAGAUCGACUAACGGCUGAGAGAGCUUUUCGGCAAUAUAAUGUUGUUCAGUUUAUGAAAGAAUCCUAUCGAAUAGCAAUUAUUGUUCUAUUUAUAACUGAAACAAUGAUGACAAGUCAAUAUGCUAUUCAAGCAUAUCGUAAUAAAUCAACCAUUUAUGAUUGUGUACCAGGUGGGGCAUUCGUAGGUUUUGCCUUUAAAAUGUUACAUAGUCCAUUGGCAGCAUUUAUUACCACACUACAAGGCGGCGUCAUAGGAUUUAUCUAUGGUUUUGUUCACAAUGUCGGUUCUCGAUUGAUAGAUCGUACUUAUGAAAAUUUACAUCAUGAACAAGUCAUGGAAUGGAUCUUGCAUCGAGAGAAUGCUGAACUAUGGAGUGCUAAUUUAGAUGAAUUACCACCACAUUAUGAAGGACCAGAAGCAAAACGUACUUGGGGUCUUGGAUGGUUUAAACCAUAG